AUGAAUAGCUUGUACGAGGAUGACGAAGAUGGCGACCUCUUCGCGUUAUUCGUACUCGAGGAGGUCCCCAUCAGCGUGAGCACCAGCCAUCUACUGAGCCGUAUGCAUCGCUCACAGGCUUGGAUGCAGAUGAUCAAUGAAGUCCUACAGCGAAACUAUGAGCACGCCGACGACUGGUACUUCUGCCUCGCCGACGACUACGACAAUAUACCGGAUCUAGGCGGCGACUGGGUGGCUGGUACCUACCAGCCCAUCGAUGAAGACUGGUACUCCCCAGGCGUAGGCGCUACGAUCGAGGAGGUCAAGGAGUAUAUUCAGAGCGUACCGAAGCCACCGAAGCCGCUGUCUAAGGUCCACUUCGCAAUCUUGGAUCGUGAUCGUUAUGAGAGGCAUGAUCAGAUCCUGAUUUGCAAGGUACCUGCGGCCACCUCGCCGUCCGCUGCAGCAGAACCGCCGAUGUCAUGGCUGAUAGCAGCUGCGAUCACGAUGUACUCCAUGGAAAAGGCCUUGCCUGGAGACAAAAAGUUCCUUGGUCCCCAAUUCCCCAGAAACAUCCUCGUCCUAGCCGAUGAGAGGGUGAUCAGAGCAGAUGAUGCUGAUGAGAUUGUUGAAAGACUUCGAGAAAUGGUUAAGCAGCAUUCGAAACCAGGGGAGAUGUGGCACUCAGAGACUGAUGAGAUUGGGGUAUUGAUUGAUCUUACGGGUCGAGAUGCUCUAGGGCCGAUGGCCUGGGAGCUACUUUGUGCUGAUGCUGUCAAGUUUCAGUUGCCGAGUAUGCUGAACGUUCGGAGUGAGGAACUUGAGCUUCACAGCUUGAGGUCGGGCUUGGUGCAGUUGGUUGGCGAUGGCACAUUGAAUGCAGAUGAGCUCGUCGUGGGAAGCUCAUACGCGGGGUUGCAAUCGUCGACGUGA